AUGGACUGCGGCUACGAGCGGGAGCACACAGCCACGGACCUGGAGGGGCUGAAGGCCUUCCUGGAGGCCGGGACCAUCCUCUCCGUGGUGGAGGAGAAGGAAGGAUCCAGGAAGAAGAAGAAGGAAAAACCCUGUGAGCUCCGCAGCGACCCUCCCAUUCACAGGACCCUGGGCACCGGGAGGGUGAGCCUGGAAGCCCUGCUGGCCACCGAGGCCCUGCUGGCACCUGUCUGUGACCUCGGGGACAGGAAAAAAGACAAGGACAGGAGCAAAAAGCUGAAAGAAGGGCGAGAAAAUGAGGCCAGCCAGACCAUCUUGUCCACCAAAGGUGACCAAGGGCCGGGGGUGGCCGGGCAGAGCGAGCCAGGGGCCACGGGGAGGCUGCGGGUCCCUGGGUGUUUGCCGAACCUGACGCUCGCCAACUCCUCUCUCGCCCUCCCAGAGCUCCACCGCCUCUUCCUAACGUACCGGCACUGCCGCGUCUUCCCCACGCUGCUGAAGCCCUCCAGGUGCGGCCAGGAGACCUUCCUCUUGCUGGCAAUUAAGUCGUCCCCCAUCAACAUAGACCGGCGGGUGGCCAUCAGGAACACCUGGGGGAAGGAGGUCUCCAUCGGCAGCAAGCGCGUGCGGCUCGUGUUCCUGCUGGGGCGCUCGGAGGCCAGGGUGCGGGCGCACCCCCUGCAACGGCUGGUGGCUGCCGGCAGCGAGAGCCAGGAGUUCGACGACAUCGUGCAGUGGGACUUCAUGGACAACUUCUUCAACCUGACCCUCAAGGAGCUGCACUUCCUGCGCUGGUUCGCCGAGGACUGCCUGCACGCCCGCUUCGUGCUCAAGGGCGACGACGACGUCUUCGUCAACACCUACAACAUCGUGGAGUUCCUCCGGGAGCUGGACCCGGCGCAGGACCUCUUUGUCGGCGACGUGAUCGCCAAGGCCCGGCCCAUCAGAAACACCAGGGUCAAAUACUUUAUUCCAGAGUCCAUGUACCAAGGCCCCUACUACCCUCUCUAUGCUGGUGGGGGCGGCUACGUGAUGUCUAGAGAGACCGUGCGCCGCCUCCGGAGCACGGCGGAGGACACGGAGCUCUUCCCAAUCGACGACGUCUUUGUGGGAAUGUGCCUGGCAAAGAUGGCAGUGACCCCGAAGAACCACGCUGGCUUUAAGACUUUUGGGAUCCAGCGACCUUUCAAUCCUUUUGAUCCGUGCCUGUACAAAGAACUGAUGAUCGUGCACAAGCUGAGCCCCAUGGAGAUGUGGAUCAUGUGGACGCUGGUCAAGGAUGAGAGCAUCAGAUGUGCGGUCUCGGCGCCGAGCCCCUAG